AGAAAGUGAUCAUGUCCGCGGAUCAGACGUCUCUGGGCAGUGGAGCACACGGACUUCUCCACGGACAGCGCGCCAAGUCUUACGGCAGCUUGGUGACCUCCUCUAUAUCACCAAUCCGACAAAAACGAGUCCAACACAAAGUCCAGCCGGGAGAAACCUUACAAGGACUGGCACUAAAAUACGGCGUGUCUAUGGAGCAAAUCAAAAGGGCAAACAGACUGUACACCAACGAUUCAAUAUUCCUCAAGAAGUUCCUCUCCAUCCCUAUCCUAACAGAGUCACUAUCAUUUACUGAUGAGAACGAAUUCCGUGAAGAGGAACCAAGUCAUCAGUACCAACAGAUCCCUGUUGAGAAUGGCCAAACAGUCUCAGAAAGUCAAGAAGUGACUGCAGAGAUUUCUCCAUCAGACUAUUUGAAAAGGAUGGAUAGCUUGAUUAAUCAGUCGAAAAAAGCAGCCAUAAAGACAUGUCAAGAAAGAGAUAAACAGUUUUCUUCAACAGAGCAGGUCCGCUACAGCAGUCAGGACUCCUGCAGCUCUUCACAGGGUCAGCAGGCCAUGUUGGGCUCUGUGCCACUCACCAUCACCAAACGCACUAAGAAACUGAGGGACAGAGAGGAUGAGAUUUUUCAGCUCUGAUGCUGACUUUUUAACAGAACUGCCUUAUUAGUGUGAAGUGUUUACGUCCACAGGAGAAAAAUGAAAAGCGAAGGUUGUGUGGAUGGGGGAUUGAUUUCACUGAAAAAAAAAGGACUGCUGAUUUCUUCAGAAUGCAGAGAUCUGUGAUCACUUGAUGAAUGAUGUGGAAUUGAUGUGCGCUGUCACCUGACUGGAUGUGCUAAUAUGGCCUCAGGUCAUGUGCCAUGUUGGCAUCCUAGCCUAAUUGUUUACAGAGCAAAAAAUAAGCACUGGUCAUGUCUUUGGGUUAAGAUGCAUCGUUGACAGGUUGCACAUUUGCUGAAGUAAGGUGGAGGACCAGUAAUGUGGUUCAAAUCAGAAUUGAAAAUUUGUUUAGAAAUCAAGGAAAAUAUAAGCUAUAUAUUUGAUCUGCAGAGCAAAUGAACUGUCUAAACCAAGUUUAAAAUAAUCUCUCAUAGGCACUUUACACAUUUACCUUGAUUUGUUAAGCACUUUUAUGGUUUUGCUCUUAUGUUGUAUGUGAUGUUGCAUAUUUUGUUUUGAUCAUGUAGCUGCUACACUGUCAGGAGGUUAUUUCACUAAGCAGGAUUGCUCAGUUAGCCAAGUGUAAGCCAAAAGGAAAAAUUACACUCACUGAGUAAUCCUCUCUGAAACACCCCCUUAAUGCCAUCAUUAGUGACAUAACCAGGCAUAGCCUAGAUGCAGUAUUCUUGCCUUCUUUGAGUCAGCACUGAUUUCUAGGUUGUAUGCACUGGCUUCUAUGUUUUCAGAGGAAUUGGCAUGUUACUGGUGAUAUUUUUUUAAAAUAUGUACUUUAUAAUAGUGCCUGGUAUUUAGAAGUCGUAUAGGUUUGAACAGGAUGUAGCAGUGCCAUCUGCUCAAGUGGAGUCAGUGUACUGUUUGUACUAGGGGUGUAACACGGUGGCACAUCUGUAUCUGUUGAGUACACCAAAUAUCUGUAUCUGUAUUUGGACUUAAACCCAAAGUGGGUGUGGCCUAAACUCGAAGGUGUUUUUUUUUUUUUUUUUUUUUUUUUGUUAAUUAUUAUUGUGGGAAAUGAUAUAGGAUUCCUAUUAUUGGAAACAGCUGAAAAAUCCCAGAUAUAGAAAUGCCAGGACAGUCCAUGAAUUCUGGUUCUGACACUUCAUCAUAUGACUUAAGAGAUGUGCAUGGGACUGUUUUAAAUCUAGCUCACACAUUAUUAUUUUACUAUUUUUGUUUAUACCUGCCCACAAUAUGUUCACACAAAUUUAACUGGGUUUAUUUUCCAAAAUAUAAACAAAUUUAUAGCCUAAUUUAAACCAUUUUGACCCUGACCAGACCAUUAGUAAGAACUGCAGCAUGUUCUUGUUCAUGAAUGUGGUCUUUAUUUGAGCUUCAUAUCUGACUGCUCACUCACACCCACAUCGAAAAAAAAAAACCUUCUGCUCAAGCAACGUUUUUUUUAAAUUUUUUUUAUUACAUUCUGCUGGAUUCUGAUGAACCUCUAAUUUCGACAAGAUGCCCUUUCUGCCAAAACAAAACAAACAAAAAAAACAGAAUAGUGUGCCUCUUAUUCGUAACUGAAUUUGCAUCCAUUAAGAGCACAUUAUCUAAUCAAAUAAUGGAGUCAUAUUCAGUUCCUAGUUUGUACUAUACAAGCUGAUGACCCACUGACUGCCAGUCAAUCAGUGUUUUGCUCAAUUGCUCAAUCUUCAUUCUUUGUGGCUUUGCAUACUAUGCACAAAAGUGAACAAUAUGUAUAUCACAGUUACAGCGGACACAAAAGACUGAGGAAGAAUAAAUACUGUAUUGUAUACAAAUGUG